GUGUAAGAGCCGGAGGAGCUGGAGGCUGCAGCGCCGCGGAGCGCAUCAGACUCGGCCCCUCCCCUCCGCGCUCCGCCGCGGCCCGCCCUACUCACACAAGAGCCCCGUCUGAUCCUGCCCGAGUCUGGGGGUGGGCGACGCAAACCCGCACGGCCUUGGGAACAAAUCGUAUAAAUACUACAGCAGAUCUUAUAUUAUGCAGAUGACCGGUGGAGACAAUGGAUGAAGAUGUAACGGUUCUCUCUCUCCAUUCCCACGAGCCCAAGAUCAUAUUCCAUGGGACAGAGUGCGAUGGAGAAGAAGAUGAGGUGGUGGUGGAGCUGCAGGAGUCAGUGCUGGUGUCUGAUGUGGAGGGUGAGAAGAUCUCGGUGCACGGUCUCACUCAUGAGGAGCUGGUCAUCCAGGAGGCCAUCGAGGACGUGGUGGCGGAGUACGUGCCCUGCACUGAUGAAGAGGACGAUGUUGAUGAUGACGAUGAUGAAGGGCUUGGCACCAUCGCCGUGGAGACCUGUGUGAUGUCACCUGAUGAUGUGGCUCUGGAGGAUGAAGGGCUGCAGGUGGAUGUGGUGACCGACGCUCAGGUACAAGAGGAUCCAGACACCUGCGGAGACUAUCUGAUGAUCUCCUUGGAUGAAACUGGAAAGGUGGUGUCUGAUGAAGAUGCUAAGGUCACCAUUGAGGGCACUUUAGAGGAUUCAGAAGAUGUGGAGAAGGAUGAUGAGGGUCAAGAGGUCAUCAAAGUGUACAUCAUCAAGGCUCACCCAGGGGAGGAUGACUUGGGAGGCACAGUUGACAUAGGAGACGCUGAGCUUGAUGUGGAUGAAACCGUGGAGCUGGUGGAUUCUUCUGGGUUGCCCAUACGAGAGAAGAUGGUGUACAUGUCAAUGGACGAAGCCAAUCAAAGCCAGGAUGACAUCAAUGUGGCUAAAAUCACAGAUGAGGUCUACAUGGAAGUGGUGGUUGGGGGUGAAGACCCUGGAAAUGUUCAGAGAACACUUGAAAACGCAUCACUCAGCAAAGACUUCAUGCCUGUGGCUUGGGCAGCUGCUUACGGUGGGGAAGAGAGCGAAAGCUGUGAGAACCGGAAUGGAGCAGCUAGUGCUCUGCUGCAUGUUGACGAGUCUGACAUGAUCGAAAGGCUCAGUCGGCAACGAAACAAGGUCAAGGGCAAAAAACGCUCUGAACUUCGGCACAUUCAGACAGCAAUCAUCAUCGGGCCUUACGGCCAGCCUCUUACGGUGUACCCUUGUAUGCUCUGCGGCAAGAAAUUCAAGUCACGUGGUUUCCUCAAGCGCCACACCAAGAACCACCAUCAGGAUGUCGUCAACCGAAAGAAAUACCAGUGCACAGACUGUGACUUCACCACUAACAAAAAAGCCAGUCUCCACAACCACAUGGAGAUCCACACCCUCAGCAGUAAAGCCCCAUUCGAGUGUGAAGUGUGUGGGAAAGAGUUUCACCAGCAGGCGGCGCUGUUCUCCCACCGUCUGCAGCACCACCACAGAGAAGCCAAACUUCAGAUCUCACCACCAACCACCAAAAUGCACAAGUGCAAGUUCUGCGAAUAUGAGACAGCAGAACAAGGACUCCUCAACCGGCACCUGCUCGCCGUUCACAGCAAGAACUUCCCGCAUAUUUGUGUAGAGUGCGGGAAGGGUUUUCGGCAUCCUUCAGAGCUGAAGAAACACAUGAGAACACACACCGGUGAAAAACCAUACUCAUGCCUUUACUGCGACUACAAAUCAGCCGAUUCGUCCAAUUUAAAGACGCACGUUAAAACCAAGCAUAGCAAAGAAAUGCCCUACAAGUGUGACCGAUGUUUCCAGACGUUCACUGAACCAGAGGAGCUUCUACAACACAGCUUGACGCAUGAGGAAGCCAAAACGCACCAGUGCACCCACUGUGACCAUAAAAGCUCGAACUCCAGUGACCUGAAGCGCCACAUUAUUUCAGUUCACACCAAAGACUAUCCACAUAAAUGUGAAGUCUGUGGCAAAGGCUUCCACCGGCCGUCCGAGCUCAAGAAACACUCGGCCGCCCAUAAGGCUAAGAAGUUACACCAGUGCAGGCAUUGCAAUUUCAAGAUCGCAGAUCCUUUUGUUCUCAGUCGGCAUAUUUUGUCAGUGCACACCAAGGAGCAACAGGCAUUUCCUGAAAAAAAGGGUCUUAAGAAGACGUUUGGACUCGGAGCUCAUGGAGGUAAGAAAAUAUUGGGCGGCGCCGGUUUGUCGAAAGGUCACAGGGAGAGGAGGGUGUACCAAUGCCAGUAUUGUGAAUACAGCACAGGCGACGCGUCUGGUUUCAAAAGGCACGUGAUCUCCAUUCACACCAAAGACUAUCCUCACCGUUGUGACUUCUGCUCGAAAGGUUUCAGAAGACCAUCUGAGAAGAAUCAGCACAUUAUGAGGCAUCAUAAAGACCUCAUGCCUACCAUGUGACCUGCCAUACCAACUCCAUUCAGGAAACGGUCCAUUCCGAUAUAGCUGUGGCCCUAUUGGCUGAAAGCUAAGUUGGAUUGAGCUUUUUCAGAUUGCAGAUGGUAUAGAAAGAAAGCGGGAGUAAAUGGACCAUCUAAUGUGUCUGAUUACACCCUCUAUAAUGUUCAAGUGAAUGUUUAGACCAUUCAUCAACAUUUCUUUAGAUCCUGAAGAAUAAAAAGCUAACCAUUGUUCUGACCAGCUGAAGGGUAAAUGCAAAACUAGAUAAUCUUGCAUAAUAAAUCAAGUGUGGAUGGCAUUACAUGAUGUUAAAGUUGAUAUUGAGCAUCUGGUGAUACAUUUGAAUUACGACUCCUGCAUUGCAUGUUACACAGACUGUGUUUGAACAGCUUUGAUGAUUGUGGCGUGAAUGUGCACAUGCGUUUACUAGUACAAGUUUCGAGAAUGGGCUUGAAAAAGUCUAUUGUCGUUAAACGGCGGUGCUAAUGCUUUAUGUUUAGCUUCAGAUGUGCAGAAUGUCUAAUGAAAACUAAUUAGAAAUAAUCACCUCAUGCCCUGGCUGCUGGAAAAGUGUUGUAACUUGAGAGCAAAUGGCUGAUAUAGGCUUUAAUUUUGGUUCCAAAACCAAACCAUGUCGCCACAUUAAUUUACCAAUAACAGCUGUCAUGACUUGAAUGUAAUUUAGGUUUUCUUGGUAAUAUUUACAAGCUUUGAUCAGUGUGCUGUCAUUAAAUCAGGCUGAUAUCUAAAUUUGUUGUAAUUUAGACGCUUGUAUGUUUGUGUAUUUCUCGAAUGUGGCCAUUUGGCUUUUGGUCUGUUUGUUGUAAAACUCACCCUCAAAUAAUUAUUAUUAUUGUUAUUAUGAAGAAGUUUAGGGUAAAUUUUAUUUUUUACACAGAUACAGAAAAUGUAUAAUUUGGAAUAAACAGAUUCUAAAAGAGGUUAUGUUAUGUGUAUAUGAAAUAUUUGUAAAUACAGAAGUAAUAAACAGUA